AUGCUAUGGGCGGGGACACAAGCAAAAUACGCCUUCUCUGUCCAACGAGAUGGACCAUGCGUUCCUCGGCAAUUCACAGUAUUCUACAGAGUACUUGAUUUGUGGAUAUGGUGCCUUGAGGAGUAUAAGGACACAGAAACCAAAGCGAGAGUUCAGGGCGUCGCCUCCCAGAUGCAGAAAUUUGAAUUCUUCUUCGGGCUGUCAUUGGUAGCUGUCGUACUAGCAAAUGCAGACAGUCUUAGCACGACACUUCAGAAGAGAGAGCUAUCAGCCUGUGAAUCACAACGAAUCGCUUCAAUGACCGUAAAUGCUCUCAGAAGCAUUCGAUCCGAUGACUCCUUUAAAAUGUUCUGGGCAAAGGUGCUUCGAGAGUCCAAACAAAAUGAUGUUGGGGCGCCUGUACUUCCACGGCGUCGUAGUACCCCAAAGAAACUUGAAGAGUGCUACGGUGGUGUAGCAGCCCCAGAGUAUCCAUCGACGCCACAUGCAUACUUCAGGCAGAUUUAUUACCAAGCUCUUGACCUAGCAGUCACAUCGAUAACAGACAGAUUUGAGCAACCGGAUUUCAAGAUAUACUCGCACUGUGAGCAGCUCUUGCUUUUGGCAAUGUCAGGAGCAGAUUACCAGACCGAGUUAACCACUGUCGUCCAGUUUUUCAAUGAAGACUUCACAGAAGAGAUGCUCAAAGCCCAUCUUCAGCUCCUAAAGGGUAGUGUCAGCUCCUGCCAAAUGAUAAGCGAACUUGUCAAGGAAUGCCAGCAACUUCACCCUGGCCAAAGGGACUUGAUGAGUGAGGUAAUAAAACUCAUCAAAUUGCUACCGACAGCACCUGCGACUAACGCUACCAGUGAAAGGUCCUUCAGCACUCUCAGACGGAUAAAAACGUACCUGCGAUCAACGAUGAAGCAAACACGUCUAAACCAUUUGAUGAUCGCAGACGUGUACAAUGAGAAAAUGGAUGCUAUCGGCCUCCAAAAGGUGGCCAAUGAAUUCGUACAAGGACAUCACAACCGAAUGGCCCGAAUGGCCCUCUUUGCUUUGUUCAAAUAA